AUGCGCGGCGACGGAGCGGACGGCGACGUCGCCGCGGACGGCGACGCGCGCGCGCGCGCGCCGUCGAUGUCGAGCCGCGGCGACGCGGGGGCGACGGCGACCGCGGCGACGGCGACCGAGGACGGAGGCGCGAGCGCCGAUCUCGCCGCCGCCGCGCCGCCGCCGCCGCCCGCGUCGGCGUCGUCGUCCCAACGCGCGACGACGAAGAAGCGAGGGAGGGACUUCGACGCGAAGGACGUGUUCCGACGCGGCGGCCCGAAGGCGACGCGCGCGGAGCAGACGCCCGGCGUCGACGGCGCGGACGCGGCGACCGUCGACGCCGACGCCGACGCUCCCGCCGACGCCGACGCCGACGCGAACGCGAACGCGCGCGCGCCCGCCGAGGAGAACGGCUCGCUGUCGCGGCACCCGCGACUCGCGGCCAAGCUCCGCACGCUGUGCGCGGCGUACGCGUGCAAGCUCGGCGCCGCGCCGGGGGGCGUCUCCGUCGCGAUGUGGCGCCCGCGCGAGCGCGUCGCGGAGUUGGUGAGAAUGAGAGGGAAACACUUCGUCAAGUUUGGAUACGCCGCGGGCUCGCGGACGUUCCUGCACGCGGAGGAGGCGCUGUUUCUCGUCGAGACGGAGCGCUUGGCGUUGCUCGCGCCGGGGGCGACGUCGACGCCGCUGUCCGUGCACGCGGUGCGGUCGCUCGCGAUGGGAGGAGGAGGAGGAGGAUCCCGCUUCUCGAUUCCGAAUCCGCUGACGCCGUCGCGGUAUCUCGUCUUCGCGCACCUCGCGAGGAUGGGGUACAUCGUGCGGCGGUUCAACUCGCCGUGGACGUGGAACCGCGACACCGCGUCGGACGCGGCGAGAGACCGCGGCGGCGAAGGCGGUUUGAAUUCAAAAACGACAGCGACAGACGACGAGCGCGACGAGUGGAGCGGGCGAGAGCGCGACGUCGAUCACGCGUGGAUGAUGGGCGAGGGCGCGUGGGAUGUUCGCGGCCGGCGGCGGCGCGCUCGGCACCCUCUCUCGGCACCCUCGGCACCCGAGGAAGGCGUCGACGUCGACGUCGACGUCGGCACCCCAUCGAACCCCUCGGAAGAACCCGCCGAACCUUCGAGCGAGGCGGCGGCGGCGGCGGCGGCGGCCAACUCUCGAUGGUGGCCCGCGGCGGGUUCGGCGAAUCACUCGUGGCUGCCGGCGACGUCCGCGGCGGUGGUCGCCGCGGCGGCGCGCGCGUCGAAGGCGUCGAAAGCGGCGGCGGCGGCCGGCGGCGGCGCUGCGAACGCGCUCGCGACGCCCGGGACCGCCGCGAGGACGGGGACCGGGACGCUCCCGCUGUACGCGGUGUACUUUCCGAAUAAGGACUUCUCCAAACGCGACCCCGACGCGGUGGCGUUUUUCGUGUAUCACAGCGACGACGGCGUCGUCGUCGGGCACGGGAUCGGGCGCGGGCGUUGGAACGACGGCGUCGCCCCGGACGCGAGCGACGCGGCGGCGGACGCGGCGCUGACGGAGACGGCGUUCGCAGACUUGUCGGACAAGAAGUCGGACAAGAAGACGCCGCGUGGCGACGGCGACGGCGACGAGGGCGAGGAACGACGCCGCGGGAAAAAGAGCGCCGCGCGAUACGUGUACGCCGAAGUCGUGGACAACACCGUGAUGAUGUUCUCCCUCCGCGGCUGCAACUUUUAGGUGUCUCUAACGCGUUACUUUAGCCUAGACUAGCGUUUAAGUACUUCCGUACCUUCGAAGGUG